UUGUAGGGAAGAAAGGAUCGAUGACAAGGAAAGAUGGUGCCGGUGCCGGUGCCGGAGCUCGACGGUACAACAAAUCAGAGGCUCCACGUUUGAGAUGGACUCCUCAGCUUCACCGCCACUUUGUUCAAGCUGUUGAUCACCUUGGUGGAAGAUACAAAGCAACACCAAAGCGAAUACUGCAGAUGAUGAGUACUGUGAACGGACUCAGCAUUUCCCAUAUCAAAAGCCAUCUUCAGAUGUACCGACGCUGCAAAGGUAGCACCUUGCGGUUAAGAAGGUCGCGCCUUGAAGACAAUUUCAACGCUGGAAUCUUGUCAGAUCUCUCACCAUCUACGAGGUAA